AUGACAAAAUUCGAUAGGAAAUCUACGACAGACGAUGGCGUCGGAUUGGAUCAGCUCAUUGCAGAAAGAAGUAGACUGAUAACAGAACUAUACUGUCUGUCUAGAAUACAAGAUUUUCUACAAAUAACUAAUGAGAAAGAACUCACCACACAGAUCAAUGAGUUUCUUGACAUUCACGAUAUCCGCAAAGGUUACAGGUUUGAUCGGAAUACGCUACCUAAAUUCUCACAAGUCGAUCCACCAUUAGAGAGGAAGCUUUUAAAGAGUCGAAGUAGCACUCCAGUGGAAAGUUCCAAGCGAGAUAAAGAGCAAGUGAAGCAUGAAAAGGAAGAUCACAAAAAAGCUUUUGAGGACCAAAAGAAAGCUAGCCGGGAAAUCAAAGAGAUUGCCGGGCAUGAGGAGCCAAGCAUAAACAAUCAUUUGCCGUUAAGAGCAAGUGACGAGACAGCUGAAGGCAUCGAGGAAGCGUCCAUUGUGACAGCAGGAGGAAAACGAGCGAGGGAAGAUGACACAACGGAAGCUAGUGAACCACAGCGACCCGCUAAUAACGUCCAAGAGUCAAGCCAGGCCGUGACAGUACACGAGGGCCAUGGUGAUGCGAAGCGUCAGAAAACAAGCAGUUCCGCAAGAGGAAGGAGUACAGAACACAGGGUUUCUGAAGUCAAACGAAUCAACCCUCUUAUUCGUGAAAUCAUGCAUAACCAACCAGAGAAAAAGGCGCUUUUUCACGAACAAAAUAUCAAUUCUAAGGAAAGUGUCUACUUAAUAAUGAAUGACACUAUCCCAUCACUGAUACCUCAGGCUGUUUCUUUGUCAGAACUCAAAUUCAAUUCCCAAACGCUGCCUCUCGUGAAACUCAUUCCCACGGCUCAUAAAGUGCUAACGUCAGAGAUCAUGACUACUGCUCUAAACGAAUGCAGGAUAGCCGUGGUAAGCUCUAGAAUUGAAGAGCUGCGUAGACAAGGAUUGUGGUCUUUGAGACAGCCCAAGAAGCCUUUGGAUCCUUGGGAAAAAGCUAAGGAUACGGAGUCUCACCACGGCCAUCUAUUAAGAGAGGCCAAGUGGAUGCAUUACGAUUUUUAUGAGCAUACCAAAUAUAAGAGGGCAGUCUGCCUAACCAUCGCGCAGGGCGUAAUGGAUUUUUGGAAUUACGGUAGGGUGUGUUGUGUGAAGACGGCUCCAACAAAGCACCUCGAACCCAUCAAAAACGAAACAGAGAGUGAGCCAGAGAUUUCACCCGUCGCUGAACCUGAGCAAGCACAUGAGAGUUCCGAAUUGGAAUCAAAUUCGACGCAGAAUGACAAAACCAUUCCUAAUGAUGAGAAUACCGAGGUCGCCAAUACAGUAGAUACGAUCGAUAUCGCUUUGCUUCUUAAAAGACCAGAUCCUCUUGAUGAGAUCAAGGCUCUAAAGCUUCCACAAACCGAUGAAGAAUCGUAUGUCAGGGAAAAGAAAACGAAAUCGCCCUUUAAGCUUCACGUUUCGACUGACGAAUUCAACUAUAUUGAGAAGAAGGUCAUCGAUAAUUUGCGCCUUUUUUCGGGUGUAUUUGACCUUGACGGGGAGAGCACGGCGGCUCCCGUCGUACCGUUUGAACCCAUUUCAAAGGCAACGGUUUUGCUGGACGACAAUCAUUUUUCGAAGCUAGUUGAAAGGCAAAUCAUAGACGAAGAGCCAUCGUUGGUACCAUUCAGCAAAAGAAGAGGAAUGUUCUACGGAAACAGACGCAGCCACUACUUACGUCCCCCUAUUGCACCGUCUUUGAGAUAUUUGAAAUACAGGACUCCAACGAUUUGGCUGCCCCAGGACGAUCAAGAAUUGGUCAGAAACAUUAAUACAUACGCUUACAACUGGGACUUGAUAAGCGCGCACAUGUCGUCAAGGCCAACUACAUCCUAUUGCUCGAAUAUUGAGAGACGCACACCUUGGCAAUGCUUUGAACGUUUCAUUCAGCUCAAUGAGAAGUUUCAAUUCAUCGAUAUGAAGGGACCUCGCGCACAUAAUGCCCAGGUAUGGCUGAUAGAGGCGCACAAAUUACAGCAGCAGCAGAAAAGACGUAUAUCUCCGCUCGGAAUUGGCGAAGAAUCCAUACAAAGAGGACACAAACGGCUGCGUUGGGCAAGCAUGUUCGAGGCCAUGAGGAAAUGCAUCAAAAAACGUGAAAAUGCUCCAAGACCGAACCCUACUCAGCCGCGGAAGCCUCUUGACUGUAAAAAUACUACUGUGCCAACGCCGGCUGAAAUGUCACAACUGAAGGCGCAGCGCGAUGAUGCCCUUCGAAGAGAUAUCCAGAUCAGAAGAAUUGCGAAGCAGAAGCUGCAAGCGGCGGCUUUGACUCAAGGUCUUCCCACUGGAGGGCACACCAGAGCUCUACCACAUAGCUCUCCUCCAUCUGGUCAACGCAGAGCCGUCAAUAAUGGGACGGGAAUAACUCGAGGAGUCUCAGCAGAAAGCGGCGUGAAGGUUACCACACAAACACCAAACAAGAUGCAAGUAAAGCAGUAUCCAAGGUCCUCUAACAGCCAGUUCAAAGGAAUUCCCAUCGAACAGCAACGCGAACAAAAAGUACAAAAUAGUGCUGAAAAUAAAUACAGUACUGAGCCGAAAGGUGAAAAGAUUCAUUCCCCAACUCCUCAGGAAAUACUUCAACAACUUCAACGCGGUAAAUAG